UUCUGGAUGAGAAGAAAAAAGAGAAACAGAAGAGCAGCAAAGCACUUGGAUAAAAACGCCAAACGUUGCUUAACAUUGUGUAGUAGAACGGACAGAGGUUACGAAAGGUGUUACGGUACCGAACACUUAAUCUACAAUGUGCAUACUAACAUCGCAACUAACGAUGAAACGCAGCCUUGUGACGCUAAGAAACCAAAAAGAACUGUCAAACGAAAGCUUAAUGAUUAUCUAUGCACCUCGGAAGAACUAGAGGUUGCUGAGGUUGAGGCUGGAUUUGCCCCGGUGGAAUUUCCAGUUGUCAACAUUUCAACAGGAACGUUUUCUCCGAUUGCGAGUUCAUCGAAAGCUAACCUUUCAUCACCACCAAUUCUACGUACGUCGACUGAAGGUGAUAAACCUUUGUGCGAUGAUACAAACAAACUGUUAAGAACGCUCCUGAAAUCGGUCAGUGAGCUGUCUACGAAAAUAGACAAAAUGCUAUUUUUGUAUGAACGCUUAGCCAUGGGUGUAACUCACGGGCGUACAGAGGAAAUGGAUAGUGAUGCAAUCACUUUCCCAUUACGAACGCAUGACGAGUUGCGUUCUUUAGAGACAGCUUUAGAGAACAAAAAAUUCCGGGAUCAUUUCAUGGGAAGAUUAUACCAUCUACUAUGUGAUGAUCUUCGUAAAUCAGCAAAAGCCUGUCUGAAAUACCUCCUUUCUCCGGAACUGGCAAACACGUACACCUUGCACGGAACCAGAAGAAAAUUCGGGAUUAGUAAAUACAAAUUUUACUCCACGGUUCAAAGUGCUUUGUGUUCACACUUCCGGAGUGCGACCUGUUCGGAAACGGAGAUCACGCACGCCAUGGCUACAGCAAGCCAGGCCUUCUUGCAUGACGCAAGAGAUAAAGUACAUAAACGUGGAUGGCGAUCCAAAGAAAGGCUGGCUUCGCAGGCUUUAUCAGACGUAACUAACAUUAUCAAUGACAUUUCUACGUCUACGUAAGGUGUUGCUGUUACAACGCAAUGAAAAACUUUGUACAAAUGAUUCAUUUGUAAUUUUAUUAACUGUAAUAAACAUUUAUAUAUUUCAUAAAUCAGUCUUUUGAUAAUCGCGACAAAUCGGUUAACAUUAGGUUUCAUUAGCAAUGCGCGAUUGACGAAAAGUAAUAAAACGUCGCAGUAAGAAAUGUACGUAAGCAUACUCCUAGGUCUUCCGUGAUGUCGAUAGGCUUUCGAGAAGCUUUUGCGUCAAAACAGUUUUCCAGGAAAACCCAAAGGUUUGGGGAAGCUUCCUCAAAAUGAUAUAACUAUCGUGUCCGUUCCCCUUUCACCCGGCUUCGCAGGCUUUAACAGACGUCACCAUAGUGUAUUUGUGCUUUUGUAUAUUGUUUUAUACUACUUACAAGAAUUCAGUAGUCAGUUGCAUUACCAAUAACUUCAGUUAACUUUGGGGAUUUCCCCAAAAUUUCCCCAAACUUACCCAAAAUUUCCCCAAACUUACCCAAAAUUUCCCCAAACUUCCCCAGGUCAGGGGAAAUUUUGGGUUUUUUUUCUCAUUUCCCCAAAAUUUCCCCAAAAUUUAUUAUAGCGGCUUCCCCAAAAUCGACUCGAUUUUCCCCAAAGUUGGGAGCCUGGGAUUAAAUUCAUAUUAUCUCUUGUUAGAGUAAAAUGAAGUAGGAGGAUCAAUAUAAGAGAAUCUAGCAAUAAAGAACAAUGAAUUGUGUCGUUCAACAAGUUGGAGUAAGCUCACAUGAAGGAAGGGAAGUCAAGGUUGGUACAAGGAGAGCGGUUUCUUAGAAGGGUGUGUAUAUAGAGGGUGAAGUGUUAAGAAUACUAAUGACCAUAUCUUUUGUUGUCUAACUUUUCCUUUUUUUGUCUACCCGAUGCCAGCCACACAAUCCUAGUGUAAAAACCCGAGUUAGCAUGUUAUAGGUUGUCUUAGUAGAAUAGCUAAUCCAGCAUAAUAUUGGAAACAUGAGUCUGAGUGAUGAGCGUUGGAAAACAAGCUUACCAGGCAGUUACAAGCUAUGGACUGUGGGUAAGGCAUCGAUGCAGUGCUUUUGUUGACUGUAGUAUAAAGUAUAGUUUGCCAAUCAGAGUAUAAGCAUUAAGAAGGGUAUAAUGUAGGAUGGUUGUUUAUCAAAGCAGGCGGAAAAGUAUAGAAGUAUAUGAGUUGUAGAUAAGGUAACGAGUGGAGAAAUAAUAUUAAUUGGUAGUCAACAUAGUGUGCAGAAGAGCAAAAAGUUAAUACAGGAUAAACAGGUAGAAACUCACAGUAACUUGGUGCUGAUGUUAUUUUGUGUUGUCCUAACCAGUUGAUUGGUAACAGGCUCCAUAGAUGCAAGACCACUGGUAGUAGGCAGUCGAUUAUACGGUUCUAUUGAAUUUUUAGGGUGGUAGUGAGUGUCCCCUAGCGACCGAGUUUAGUUGAACAGUAUCGAUAGGUUCAGUGAGUUACCUGUCUACUUCUAGUGCAAAAUUAGGGUGGAAAAAGUAACUAGCACAACUGCAAAGUAGGAAAAAUAAGGCAAACUGAACUUGAAGUCUAUUUUGGUCUAAACAUGGAAAGAGCCUACGAUGUCUGAGUGGGGCACAGGUGUGUUCGUACGUGCAAGAUCAGUGCAAGUGAGGGCUUGAUCAAGCAGUUUUACAAACGUAUGUAGUUCAUCCGCCAUGUAAAUUUCGGAGGGAAGACUGUUCCAUAUUAUGGCAUGCUUGACGAGGAAGAAGUUUUCCCGAGUUUUUGGUCUGUAUUUCUCAAACUUGACCGUAGAUACUUUGUUUCGAAGUUCGUAUUCAUGUGAAUCUCUAGCAAGAACUAUCUUAUAUGUUGAAUAAGUAAGGUUUUUGAGUAGUUUAAAGUAGAGAAUCAAAUUAGACCUAAGCCUUCUCUCCCAAAGGGGUGCUAUUCCUAAGACUUGGCAUCGGGUACUGUAGUCAUGACUGAGUCAGUCCUAAGUACUUGUCGGGUGAAGUCUUGUUGUAUUCCUUCCACUUUCAGUACAUCAGAUAGGCGUAGGUUGGAAAAUAAGAACGAGCAGUAUUCAACGAUAGGUCUCACACAAACUUUAUAAAGAAGGAUUUUAGAUCCAUUUUGAUAGAAAUUACGGAGGAUGAAGCCAAGCAAUUUCCGCAUUUUGGAUGCUUUCGCUGAGAUGUGUUCAGAUAAAUUAAGACUGUGUGAGUAACGUACCCCUAGGUCACUUACUAAUGACAGUCUAGGCAGUGUGUGGUUGCUAAGUGUUAGUUUUAUUUCAAGAGACAUGUCUCCUAUACAUAACCAGCCGCAUUUCUCUGUGUUGAGCUCUAACCUACAGCGUUUGCACCAGUCGUCUACCAUGUUGAGUUCAUGUUGGAUUGUUUGCAUAGUACUACUUAAAUCGCAAAUGUCAGUUUUAUAGAUGACUUUUAAGUCAUCGGCAUAGAGGUGGAUCUUACCUGUGCUAAAACACUUGCAUAUAUUGUUGAUGUAGAUUAUAAAGAGCAAUGGACCCAAGACACUACCCUGCACAACACUACUGGUUAUUGGUCGAGGUGUAGAUGUUUUAGAGUUAUUCUUGGUUAUUUAAUAUCUGUUCGUAAGAAAAGACUUGAUCAAUUGCGAAAGAGGAUUUAUAAUUCUAACUGACUUAAGUCUAUUGAUUAGAAGAUAAUGAGGUACUUUAUCAAAGGCUUUCUUAAUAUCGAAGUAUAGUAUAAUAACUAGUUUCUUCUGGUCGCGUAUACGAGUAACCUCGUUAAAUAAGUCUAUCAGACAUGUACUGCACGACCUUGUUCUAAUGAAGCCGUGUUAUGAGGGGUCUAUUAGAUCUUCCUUAAGUAGGUGAUCAGGUAGUUGAUUUUGUAUCACUUUUUCCAUUAUGCGUGAUAUGACUGGAGUGAUAUUUAUAGGUCUGUAGUUUUCGACCAGGUUUCUCGGUCCGGAUUUGUGUUUGGGAAGAACAUACAUUACCUUCCAGGUUUCCGGAUAUAUACCUGUCUCUAAAGAUAAUGUGUAUAUUUUGAGUAGUAGCGUCUGUAUGUCCGGCCCUGACAUUUUAUAAACGAUUGAAGGGAUAUCAUCGGCACCAGAACUUGCAUUUGGCUUAAGGGUUUUAAUGGCGGUAUGUAUACUCCUAAUGUCGAAGUUUAUGGUGCUAAGAUAGUUUUUUCUGAUGCACUUUAUGUUGAUAUCUGGAGCAUGAGAUGUAUUCCCAUUGUGGGAAAACCAUUCACUUAGUAGUUCAUAUAUGACGGUUUGGUCAUUGCGUCUAGUUCUUUUUUUAAAAAAAACCCUGUUUAAUGACUGGACAGUGUAAACGUCCGGGCUGUCGUUAUUCCGCUAAAAGCAACAUGCAGUGCGAUGAGUGAAAAGUCUGGUACCACGAUGUUUGCACAAAGUUACCGCCUGCGGCUUUGAAACGGUUCAGUAAAAACGGUUACGUAUGGCUUUGUCAACAGUACUGUUUGGAUGCAAAUAGCUUGGUAACCGAGGCCAUUUCAUUGGUAAAUGCCGCAAAAAAUUGUUGUGACAAGCGUGGUCGGGAAACAUCGAAUAGUACUCGCUCUGUCGACACGCAGAUUGGUGUAAAGCAAACUCAGGUGAGUUCGAAAACAGGUGACUCACACCGACCAAAGGAGGAAACACAGUUUUCAAAGAGGUCCGUCUUAACCAAAAACUCAGGAACUUUCUUCUGUCCCCAGUUUUCUAAAUGGUAUCCAGCAGGAAAAGCCUAGUAAUCGCAAUCACAAGGCUUGAUAGGUUUCUAGCGGGAAACAUAACCUCCCAAAUCGUCAACAACCCUACGGAAUCCCACAGUGUGUUUGACGCAACUGUGGUUGCUUCUCAUAGCAACAUUGACGAAUGGGUACAGGUUGUAAGGAAGAGACAACAUAAGGAUAUAAAAGGGAAUCCUGCCCCCAUAAAAGUAGUCGAGAAAUCGAAGACUGAUCACGGUGACAGAUCAGUCAUUUCUCAUAGAAUCAAGGAGAGUGAGAGUUCUGGACCAAAAACUUGUUUUGAACAUGACAUUGUGCUGAUUAAACAGCUGCUUAAUCAACUCAUGCCUCAGAAUAUCACCGAAGUCACCUAACUAAGGGUGUACAGGCUUGGUAGUCUAGUGAACUUGAAGUCUAAUCAAUCCAGACUGCUUAAAGUAGUAUUCAAAUCUUCGAAUGAACGCGACUACAGAAUGGACAUAAAUUAAAGGGUCCAGGAGUUUUUAUCUGUGAGGACUUGCCGUUGGCAGACCACGUAAAAAGACGGGAAGCCGGAUAAGAACUACGACCUAGGUUAGAUGCUGGCGAAAAGGACCUGAAAAUUGUAAAUUUUCGGGUUGUACGGCUUCGACAGAGGAUGAUGCCGAAGCCACUAUGGGUGAAGCACGAAGCCACUUAAAAAGGCUUCGGAUCUGCUACACUAAUGCCCGAAGCCUACUUAAUAAGCGAUCGGAACUAAGUGUACAGAUUGACUCUACAAAGUCAGACAUAAUCACAGUUACAGAAACCUGGCUGACACAGGCUAUAGAUAGUAUGGAACUUGAUUUCGAGGGUUUUACGUUAGUAAGGGCCGACAGAACACAAAAGCGUAAAGGAGGGGAAGUAGCUCUAUUCAUUAGGAAUGCUACCCCAUUCGCCAUUAUCGACAAAGUAUCGCAUGAGAGUGGGACGUGUGAAUCAGUUAGUUGCCGCUUGAAAUGCAAGGGACAAGAGCUGCUGAUUGGUUUGGUUUAUCGCAGUCCAAGCUAUGAGGUAAAUGAAGUCCUGCUAGGCAGUCUCAAUACUUGGUCACAAAGUGGUCGAUGUCUAAUCCUAGAGGACUUUAAUGCACCUAUGGUAGACUGGGAAAAUCUGCGAACUGAAUCAUCAGAAAAUUCCUUCGAGCAGGAACUAGUUGAUGCGGUUACCACAAGUGCCCUAAUGCAACAUGUGAAAGAAGCAACUGGGUACGACCCGGACACUGAAUCAUCCUUACUAGAUCUUAUUUUGACUCACUAUGAGGAUGACGUCACGAACCACCAUUACAUGCCACCCCUAAGUAAAAGUAAUCACUCAGUUUUAACUUUUGACUUCCAUAUAACUGUCAAUCACGAGCACUCAUCAGCCCAAUCCAGACCUAACGUCUGGAAACCAAAUAUACCAGAUAUCAUGCACUCAGCAUCGUUAGUAGAUUGGACAAUAGACCCAGAGUCCUCAAAUGAAACGGCUUGGGACGCAUUUCGAAAUUUGUACAUAAAAGUUACCACACCCCACAUUCCUUGGACUACACCAAGAGGGCCGAGAAACUCUCCACCAUGGUUCAGUGGGGAGGUCCGCAUCCUCCGUAAGAAAAGAAAAGUGUGGGAUAGAUUUAGGUUACUGGGGAAUGAUGAGACAAAAUCUCAGUAUCGAAAAGUUCGGAAUACUUGUGCCUCGACCCUCAGUAAGUCUAGAAAGUUGUACGAAGAAAAGAUAGUUUAGGAAUCCAUAGAAUGUCCUAAACGUUUGUAUUCUUAUAUAAAUUGGUAAAAGUCUAGACAAUCCUACAGAUGAUUUAAUGUUUACUCAUUGUUUGCUUUUGUACCUAUUUUGAAAAACCUCCAUCUCAUCUGGAGAGAUUACACCAUGGGAAAAGUAGCAAAGAAAAAGGCAUAGAACUUGCGAUUUACUGAACACGAGGAGCAGUAUACCGUGUCCUGAAAAUUCCACUGUACGAAUUUAUAUAUAGAUAGUUGAGCUUUCAUAAUUCUCGAAUGUGAAAUGAUUAUGUGUUCGCAAGAUUAUUCCCUGACAUUGUCUAACUAGGACGACUGCAUAAGCGGUGUUUUCUGACUGUUCCUAUAAUCUAAUAGAAAUCUUAUACAUGGGUUACCAACAAUCCGCGAAUUAACACAGGGAUAAUUGUUAUUCAUUCCGAACGAUUAUGUAACGUGUUAUUACGAAGGGAGACUGGAGCUAAGCGUUUACUGACAAUAAAGAAGUCUAAAUCUAAAACGUCAUAUGUAUUUCAAAGUUUCAACGACCUUUUCAGUCCUGUAUUUUGCGAUAUACGUUUAAAACGAAACGUACACUUAAAUUCCCUGAAAAUGUACUUAAAUAUUAUUUCAUCCAAGACUCUGCUUUCUGUUUAAAUGCAAUCAGUUUAAAUAGUCUUAAAAGCCAUGAAAUUGUCCCCUUCCCACAUUUCAGGGUAUAUUCAAAACUCUUAUUAUUCAUCUCUGCCUAAAAAAGAGUAUUGUAGUGCCAUUGACAUGUGAUUGAGUCCCAACCAAAACAUCCAUAGGAUAAGCAACUGAACCUUUGAAAGUUUGCUGAUCUUUGUUGUGGUGGACCAAACA